ACUCACACUCUUCUGUUUCACACAGCCAGUAUAAGGUCUCCUACCAAACUCCUCUCUUCACUCUGGAGGGAGAUGCAACAAUGGCCUUGAGAACAGCAGGAAGUGUGUUGGUGGUCCUUCUCUUGUCUGUGGCAGCAACUACGGCAACACAGUGUGGACAGAAAAUCCAAGUGAUGGUGUUUCCCACCAAUGCAGUGUGGGGACAGAAGGUGACAGUAACCUGUAACACCACCUGUACUCUGACUGAUAACCCCACCUACAUUUGGUACAAGAACGGACAACGUCUAUCAUCGUCAUCCAAGUCCACAUUGUCAGCUACCAGUUAUCAUUCAGACAUCUACUCCUGUGCUGUAAAAGGCUUUGAGGAUCUCCUCUCUCCUGCAGUGUGUGUUUUCGGUCAUUACUGUUUCAACGUGACUUACACCCAUCAGAGUAUCUGUGCUUUGAAGGGCUCAACAGUGGAACUGCCCUGCACAUAUAGACACCCAAAUAGUCACAACGUUUUAGAAGCAAACUGGUAUAUCCAAGAGAAACGUGAUGAAGUGCUAAAAGUCCUGAACUUGGACCCAGAGCACGCAGACCGUGCUGAGUACCUUAAGACCCACCCAAAAUACCUUGUGAUUCAAGAGAAAGACUGCACCCUGAAAAUCACAGACCUGAGAAAGAGAGAUUCAGCUGAGUACAAGUUCAGAUUUAAAACACAGCACACAGAAUGGGGGUACAGCUUCCCUGGAACAACUCUGACUGUCACAGGUCUGCAGGUGAAGGUGACUCCUGCCACAGAGAAAGGGAAUCUGACACUGACCUGUAGCACCACCUGUACUCUGACUGAGAACCCCAAACCCACCUACAUCUGGUACAAGAACGGACAACAUCUCACCAACUCAAAGACUCUAGAUAACUCCCUGAUCCUAGACCCAGUCAGCAGUGAAGGUGCAGGCAGAUACUCCUGUGCUGUAAAAGGCCACAAUAAUCUCUACACUCCUGAAGAGACUCUGACUGUCAUUUAUCCUCCAAGGAACACCUCAGUGUCAGUCAGUCCCUCUGGUGAAAUAGUGGAGGGCAGUUCAGUGACUCUGACCUGCAGCAGUGAUGCCAACCCACCUGUGGACAAAUACACCUGGUACUUUCAAAAUGAGACUUUAAUAAAUGGAUUCGAACAGAUCUACAACAUCACCAACUUCAGGUCUGAAGACAGUGGACAUUACCACUGUGAGGCCUGGAAUAAAAUGACAUCUAAGAACUCUACAGAUCUGAUUAUUAUAACAGUGAAACACACCUCACUUAUGACUGCAGCUGUAGGAAUCAUUGUUGUUGUUCUGGUUCUCAUCCUCUGUCUCUCUGGCUUCAUGUGGUUCAGGAAGAAGGCCUCCAAACCCAUCGCUGACACAAGGGACACAUUAGACAAUAGACAGGGAAACUCUAGUCCCAUGAAUGACAACAUAUCGGGCAUGCCCAUGACCCCUACUUCAGUACAGAGAGCAGACACAGACAACCAGGAUGACGUUCACUACACCAGCAUCCACUUCUCUGGCUCCAAUAACCAGGAAGUGCCUCUGUACUCCACUGCCCAACUGCCUCAAACCCAGAAAGAGGAUGAGGAUGUCCAAUACGCUGUUGUAAAAUUCAACCGCCCCAGUGCUGCCCCCCCGGUGAGCAAGUUGAGCAUUACAACACCCCAGAUAUUUUCAAAAUUAGAUGGCCCUUGUACUUGGCAGUUAAAAAUGCAUACAACACUUAUAUGUUAAGCAGAUCAGCAGUUGUUUGGUUUAAAUGUAUUAAGAUUUACAAUGACUUCAAAGCAGUUUAUUUGAAAUGUAUUAACAUCUAUACGGACUAUAGGGUGCCUGAGGAAGGCCCCCAGCAUCAAGGACCCCACACACCCCAGCCACGAGCUGUUCACACCCUUACCGUCAGGCUGACGGUAUCGGAGCAUGAGGUCUGAUACCAACAGGCUCAGAGACAGUUUAUAUCUACAAGCCAUCAGACUGCUUAACACUUGAACUGGACUGACCACCUGCAAUGUUUCCUCGCACCUUAGCACACAUGAACUCACACACACAAACAUACACAUUCAUGCUACACAUCACAACUGCUGCUACCAGACUCUUAUUAUGAUUGGUAAAUAGUGCACAAUUGAAACACUUGCCCCCCCCCCCCCCCUUUUCCCCAGAACACAUGUAAAUAUCGGACUAUAAAGUGUCUUGCUGUGUUAUACUUAAGCUACAAUGUUUAUUCUAUUCUACUGAGACAUUUUCUUUAUGUUCGUAUUGUUAUCUUUUAUUAUGUCUUGUUGCAUUAUAGAGAAGGAACCUGCCAGUAAGCAUUUAGUUGGACGCUGUGUACCAUGAGUAUCCUGUACAUACGACUAAUAAAACUUUACACUUUAAAUGAGACCCCAGAAGUGAGGAUGAAUGAUGACAUGUUGCAUCUUCUUUCUCAUCAGACCUUUCUCACAGGAGGACCUUUCUCACAGGAGGACCUUUCUCACAGGAGGACCUCUCUCACAGGAAGCUGAGGAGGUCUCCUCUGUGUUCUAUAGAACAGUCAACGAACCAAGAACUAAGAAGACCUGAACACAAGACGAUCUUUGUUGCAUCCCAAAUGGUACUUUGUUCACUCUAGUGCACUAUGUAGGGAAUAGGGUGCCAUUUUGGAUGCACCCUGAACACCAGGCGACCUGAACAUAAGAUGACUCUGCCUGGGAUUCAAUCAAAUUAUGGACAAGCAUACCGCACUUUAAUUUUAAAGUUAAUUUAAACCAACAUCCGCAGCAUUUAGCGCAAGUGUGAUCUCUGCAAACGUCAGGAAAAUUGUCUUUAAAAGACUUAUUGUCGGCAGAAGACUAUCAACAAACAUUUCACUACACCAACACACCCGCAAUAACAAUGCAAAAUAUGUGUGACCAAUAAACUUUGAAUUGAUUUCAUAUUUAA